AUGGUAGAUGCAGUUGGUGAUGGUAGACAACACCUCGUCCUCACACAGUCCUCACACACCCCUCACACACUCCUCGCACUGCUUCACACAGUCCUCACAUUGCCUCACACACUCCUUGCACUGCUUCACACAGUCCUCACAUUGCCUCACACAAGCCUCACACAUCCCUCACACAGCCUCACACAUCCCUCACACUGCCCCACACAUCCCUCACACAGCCUCACACAUCCCUCACACUGCCCCACACAUCCCUCACACAGCCUCACACAUCCCUCACACUGCUUCACACAGCCACUGUAG